AUGGAUCGGCAGAAAACUCAAAAAAAAGUUGCGCGCCAAGAUUUCGCUGCGAUUAAAACCCAGCCUCGUUGCCCUGCUCAACGUUUCUUUCUUCACCAUCACCCAUCCAUCCACCUUUUCUCCAAUCUUAACGUCGAACAUUUCCAGUUCGAACAUUCUACACAGAGGGCUUUACGAGGACUUCUAGUGGGCUACUGA